AAUCUCUUACAUAAAACACAACAACCAUACCCAUUGCCCUCCAACUCCAACCAAAAUCUCACUCUCUCUAUUAGACCCACCUUUCUCUCCUCUCUUUAAUAAUAUCACAUCUCAUUCUACUAUUUACUCACUUCAAUUUCACUCUUUCUUUCCCUCACUCUUUCUUUCCCUCUAGUUUCCAUAUGGCUGAAGAACCCCAAAAACCAGCUGAACAAGUGGUUACAACCACUUCUGAAACUGCCGUUGAAAAGCCACCACAGGCUGAAGAAGUUGUAGCCGCCGCCUCUGCUGCCGCUGUUCCUCCUGCUGCUGCAGAAGAGGCAGAAAAUCCGGCAGAGUCAAAAGAAGUAGUUCCGGAGGCGGAGAACGUUAAAUCUGACGCCGCCGCCGCUGACGAAACCGCCGCCGUUGAUAACAAGAUUUCUCAAUCGGUUUCUUUCAAGGAAGAAACUAACGUAGUUUCCGAACUACCUGAACCUCAGAAAAAAGCACUCGAUGAACUCAAACUGCUUAUUCAAGAAGCACUUAGCAAACACGAGUUCGCCGUCCCUCCACCACCGCCGCCACCGAAGGCCGCUGAGGCAACUCCACAAGACGACAAAAAACCUCAAGAAGAAGAAAAGAAGGAAGAAGUAGCAGAAGAGAAAAAGGAAGAAGUUGAAGAAGAGAAAAAAAAGGAAGAAGUUGAAGAAGAGAAAAAAAAGGAAGAAGUGGUAGUUGAGAAAAAGGUUGAAGAAGAAGUUGAAAAGAAAGAAGAGAAACAAGGUUCAAGUUCUGAGGAACCUAAAACCGAAGCAAAACCUGAAACCGAGGCUGUAGAGAAGAAAGUGGAUGUAACCGUUGUAGAGUUAGUCGAGAAAAUAGCUACAAGUGCCGAAGAAGACGGAGCAAAAACGGUUGAAGCAAUUCAAGAAAGCAUAGUAUCCGUUACAGUUACUAACGGUGACGGUGAACAACCUGCUGCUGACGUGGAACUUCCUCCUUCAACACCAGAAGAAGUUGAAAUAUGGGGAAUUCCCUUACUCGCUGAUGAAAGAAGCGACGUGAUUCUUCUCAAAUUCCUUCGAGCAAGGGAUUUCAAGGUGAAAGAAGCCUUCACAAUGAUCAAACAAACCGUUAUUUGGCGUAAGGAAUUCGGAAUCGAAGGGCUUCUUCAGGAAGAUCUCGGAACCGAUUGGGACAAAGUUGUUUUCACUGACGGCUAUGACAAAGAAGGUCAUCCUGUUUGUUAUAACGUGUUUGGCGAGUUUGAGAAUAAGGAUUUGUAUCAAAAAACUUUCUCUGACGAAGAGAAGCGAAACAAGUUUAUUCGUUGGAGGAUUCAGUUUUUGGAAAAGAGUGUUAGAAAACUCAACUUUGCUCCAUCAGCUAUAUCUACUUUUGUUCAAGUUAAUGAUCUUAAAAAUUCACCUGGACUUGGUAAGAGAGAGCUUAGACAAGCUACUAAUCAAGCACUUCAGUUGCUUCAGGAUAACUAUCCUGAAUUCGUAGCCAAACAGAUUUUUAUCAAUGUUCCUUGGUGGUACCUUGCCUUUUCUAGGAUGAUAAGUGCUUUCCUGACACCGAGGACUAAGAGCAAAUUUUUUUUUGCCGGUCCCUCCAAAUCUGCUGAUACCCUUUUCAAAUACAUAGCUCCUGAGCAAGUGCCGGUUCAAUAUGGUGGACUAAGCAGAGAGGGGGACCAGGAAUUCACCACUGCUGACCCUGCUACAGAGGUUACCAUCAAACCAGCAACUAAACAUGCUGUUGAGUUCCCAAUUCCUGAGAAAAGCACUUUGGUUUGGGAAGUCAGAGUUGUGGGUUGGGAUGUAAGCUAUGGAGCAGAAUUUGUGCCUAGUGCUGAGGAUGGAUACACUGUUAUAGUACAAAAGAACAGGAAAAUUGCUCCAGCUGAUGAAACAGUAAUUAACAACACGUUCAAAAUUGGUGAACCUGGUAAGGUUGUUCUCACCAUAGAUAACCAAACAUCCAAGAAGAAGAAGCUCCUUUACAGGUCCAAGACCAUACCCAUCUCUGAGUAAAGACUUCAAGAGAAUGAUACCAAGGUGAAGAAUAAGGGUGUUUUGUAUUCAUUAUUAUAAGGAAAGUAACAUUACUAUUAUUGUGGAAGUUAUUGGGUGGGGGGUUAUAUUCUUUUUAUAUAGUGAUAUUUUGUUCAUUUGGUUUGUAAAUUAUUUGGUUUCAAGUAUGGGGUUGGGCAAUUUUACUUUACAGUUAUUAAUAUCUUAAAUAGUAAUGUGGUAUUUUGUUCAUUUCUUUUGGAAUUUGAUGAAACCUUUUCUGGAUGGAACACAAUUUGGGUUCCUUUUGUUAAAGAAAAGUUCAUUGUUUCUGUUUAUUGUCUUGUGACUUUGUAAUUGAAGGGUUAUAUUUGAGAAUUUAUUUACUUCCUGAA